GUUACCCCACACCCACCCAAAAAAAGAAAAGAAAGGAUCAGCCAAUCGGGAAGUGGCGCUCCGGCCACGCGCGUAACGGACACCCUUAAACUCAUCCUUCUCUUCUGCCAUUGGCUGUUCUCUUUAAGAAAGGAUGUCACCGGAGGUCCUGAGCGAUCGCUGCCUCUUCUCGUGCGCUAUUACACUGGUUCAGUCCACGCAGAAGUUUGAACUUCCCUCGCUACACGACUUGCAUGGCACUUUUGCCCUGACAUAGCUGUCGACGGUUUCGGGGAUUUGGUUCGGCCGAUUUGCGGCUUCAGCGCGCGCCGGUGCGGUACCUGAGUACCUGUCCGUGGUGCUGAAAGCAUCAUGCUGUUCCGGUUCGGGCUCGCGCAGCUCGGUUUGUGGAACUGCGCCUGACUUUACUCAUAAACAGCACUUGUAUUCCUCGGAUCUGAACAGUUUAGGAGAAAGUCGUUAACCUUGUGUUUAUUGGGAUUUUGGAAACUAAUUUUUAUUUGAAAGAUUUCUCUAGAAGAAAUGUCGAGAAGAGGAUAAAUCCAUCCACCUCAGUACACUCUGCCCGUCACCUGAUGCACAAAUGCUCGUGUGAAAGCACUGUUUUGUUCUCUCCUCGCUGUAUUUACUGUACAAUGGAAGUGCCAACAAACGGCUCAAGUUUUGGGAUCGACUCUUUGCUCUCGCACAGACCCACGAGUCCGCGCGUCUCCACAGCGCGCGCUUUAACGGGAGACUGCCGCUCUCCGGCCUCCAGCCCGCCCUCAGAGCUGGACAGUGACUGCUCGUCUCCACCGUCCCCCAGGCGAGAGUCUGACCCCGAGUCUCCGUUAGUCAUGUCUCAGCCGAGGACAGUCACCUCUUCGUUUUUAAUCCGGGACAUUCUGUCGGACUGCAGGCCGCUCGCCGCGUGCGCGCCGUACACCAACAGCGGAGACUCAGCGCGCGAGACCGAGGACUACACUGACAGACUGCACAGCAACUCAUCAUCGGAUAGUGAAUACCGGGCCAAAGAUGAGCCAGAACGGGAAAUCUCCAGCAGCAGACAGAGUCCAUCCUCACGGCUGAAGAAGCCCCGCAAAGCACGCACGGCCUUCACCGACCACCAGCUCGCGCAGCUCGAGCGCAGCUUCGAGCGCCAGAAGUACCUGAGUGUGCAGGACCGCAUGGAGCUCGCGGCCUCCCUCAACCUCACCGACACGCAGGUCAAGACCUGGUACCAGAACCGCAGGACAAAGUGGAAGCGACAGACGGCAGUCGGUUUGGAGCUCCUAGCCGAAGCAGGAAACUACUCUGCUCUUCAGAGAAUGUUCCCGUCGCCAUAUUUUUACCCACAGAGCCUGGUGUCCAGUCUGGACCCGGGAGCGGGACUGUAUUUAUACAGAGGCGCCACCGCGGCACCUCCGGCUCUCCAGAGGCCGCUCGUACCCCGAGUUCUGCUGCAGGGUGGCGCUGACCCGCAGCUGUCCCCGCAUCUGUCCACGCACAUGUCCCCGCUCUCUGCCGCGUUACCCAGACCCACACCGCAGCGGUGAACGGCUCAGGAUCCUCAGGAAGGACGAAGUGAGCUGCGGUUCACAGCUGGACAACAGCAGGACGCGUAAUGGCGCGCGUGCAGAAGAACGUUAUGCACGUCUCUUAAAAUAAUCCACUGGACAAACUCGCUUGCAAAGUUUGUAUAAAGUUCUAUCAGAGGUGAAAUGAAGCCUUCUGAUUGGCUGCUGAAGCCGCGCGCCGCUCCUCAACACAAAUGCGGCUCUAAUGGCAGAACUGAUGGUCCGACAAACCAAAAAAAUCAGAUUUCAGCUGUCUGAUUGCCAGAAACUGUCAGCCAAAUAAUUUAAAAUAAUAACGAAAACCAAGCUAUAGGAAUAGGAAUGUGUAAAUAAUAAUAAUAAUAAUAAUAAUAAUAAUAAUAGUAAUAAUAGUAAUAAAAUGAAGUUAGGACAAUCCAUUAACAUAACAUACAUUUAUACAUUUUUACUAUUAUUCCCCCAUACUAGUGAAUUUGCCAUUAUUAUUAUUAUUAUUAUUAUUAUUAUUAUUAUUAUUAUUAUUAUUAUUAUUAUUAUCUCUUUUAAUUUAUAUUUUUCGGGGGCUACCAGAUAUAAAGAUGCCUCUGAUGGCAUAAUACUUCCAAAAUUGUUUGUCACUGUGUCGUGGAUGUCAGUAGCUUAUUAACGGUUUUGUUGAUGACGCCAAAAGUUUUUUUUAAAUAACAAAAUAUAAAUAAAAUUAUAUGGUAAAUGAAAUUCGAGAUACUUGUUUGUGAAUAUGUUGUUUCUCUG